AUGAAGAAUACCUUAUCUUUCGUUGCCUUGGCUACUAGCCUCGGCCAGGUGUCAGCCACAGGUCUCGGCUUCGGAUUUUCCAAUGCCCCUAAAUUCACCUGCCCCGACAACACGGACAACGUGUGUAUCCCUGACAUCGUCAAGGGCAUUGACUGGUCUGAUCUCAACAUCGGUGGGUUCGAGUCAUACAAGGGAUUCAAGUGGAGCGGCUUCACCUGCGCCGAUAAGUUCAGCAAGCGGGAUGAGCUGGCUCCCCGGACUUUCCAGAACAAGUGCAUCACCGGAAAGGCUACCAAGGACAAGACUCAGAGCCCCAAGAUCAGCUGUGACAAGAGCCAAGGUGUCAGCAAGACCUCUAUCAAGAAGUUCCAGGUAACACCUGAGUUCGACUGCGACCUCGAGUUCCACUACACCAUGCCGGAUGGAUCAUCUUGCAAGCACCGAUCUAGCUGCAAGGCCUCCGGUACCACCGUGGAAAACACCCAGUGUGGUGGUGCUACUGACGUUACCAUCGUUUACCCUGAGCAGCCUAAGCUACCCAAGAGCACUUGUGACUUCGGUAUCCACCAGAUCGACUUCGACUGCGAGGAUGCCCAACCUACCACAUCCUACAUCGCCUCAACCUCGACCUACGCCGUGAGCACCCCAUCCCUGCCGGCCACCAUCUCUUCCGCUAUUUCCAGCAGCUCAGCCGUCGUUUCCAGCAGCUCAGCCGUCGUUUCCAGCAGCUCGGCCGUCGUUUCCAGCAGCUCAGCCGUCAUUUCCAGUACCUCGGCCGUUGAGACUACCAGCUCAGCUUAUGAGGUUUCGAGCUCUGCCGCUAGUUCCAUUUCCAGCAGCGAGGUUCUCUCUUCGUUCUCUGUAACCAGCUACCUAACGACGUCAACCGUGUUCACGACCUCCGUACAAACCAUUACCAGCUGUGGUGCAACCGUUACCAACUGCCCCGCCAGGUCUACCGUUCUGACCACUGUCACCGUUCCCAUUUCUACGACCAUCUGCCCUGUCACCGAGACCAUCAGUGUCUCUUCUACCCAGGCUGUCUCAACCCCUGGUAGCUAUCCUGCUGAGUCCACUUCGCUUCCGAUUGGAUCGUCGACUAGCGAGGUCAAGCCAACUGGCUCCACAUCCCUACCUAUCGCAUCUUCCACCCAAGUUGUCUCGACUCCCGGCGGUUAUCCUACGGAAUCCGCUUCCACUCUGAUCGGCUCCUCAUCUAGCGAGAACAAGCCCACGACUUCGCUCCCCAUCGGAUCCUCAACGAGCAGCCCGGCUGGCCCCGUCGAGACUCUUCCCUGCCCAGAUGUUGUUCCUUCUUGCUUGAACACCUGGAUGUUCAGCGUUGGCUGCAAGGACAACACUGAUUCCUCCUGCUACUGCCCUGACGCCAGCUUUGUCAGCAAUGUCUUCACUUGCCUGUAUGCCCACGGCGAGUCGGACGAGGUCAUCUCCGAGGCUAUCAACUACUUCCAAGGGAUCUGCGCACCCAUCAACCCUGGUGUUUUUACUGGUGCUGAAUCUAUCACUACUAUUCUUACUGCCACCGCUACAGCCCCCCCGGCUGCUGUUACCACCAUCGAGGUCGCCACAACCGUUGUUGUUCCAUGCACAAACGAGGCUGGUGAGACGAUCCCCAGCUCCAGCAGCACUAUCACCAUUAACACGAGCUACACUGUCCCGGCUGUCGUCUUCACGACUCUCACGUCUGGUCCCAGCUCAACUGGUGUUGUAGUUGUCCCUGGCACUUACGUUGCGACCGUUCCUGUCGCUGUUCCUACCCUGGCUACUCCUACUGCGACUGCGACACCUGUUGCUCCUUACCCGACCAUUACUGGUUCCACGACUUUGUUCACUGCUCCUGGAAGCACUGGUCUCGUGUAUCCUACAGCCUCCAUAUCUUCUACUUCCCCAAUCCCGACGGCCGGUGCUGCGCACAUCGGUGCCGGCAUGGGCGCCCUGGGUUUCGCGGGUAUGGUUGUCGCCGCUCUAAUUUAG